GUUUCUCUGCAGUUCCAUAGAAGCAAUGUGUCAGUUGCUUAGGUGUCCAUAGAGAUGACGAAUGUGUACUAAAAUUUGGGUUAUUGUUUACAGAUGAAAAAUGAAAAAGUGAAGUACCAUGUCACUGAAAACUAACUGGACAUGUCAGAUCAUGGUGCUGAUGUUACUAAUUUUACCCAAACAUGUGCAAGGUGUAGCAAAGCUAACUAUUGAUUGCAUGAAUGGUGGGUACCCUGGAAAAUCCACAACGGUAGUCUGUAAAUUAACUGGAAUGACAGAUGAAGGUAUGAGAAUAAUGCGACCAAACAGUGGAUCACCACAACCAGUGCUAAUAUGUAACAGCGAAAAUAAUUUGUGUUUAGCACUUGGGCUUAUACGUGGAUACAGUGCUAUAGCCAGCUCAUUGACUAGGACGACCACUGUAACCAUAGAGUCAUUCAACGCCAGCUACGAUGCUGGCGAAUGGACUUGUUAUGUUGGAAAGAAGGAAUUGGGUCAGUUAUCCACUUGUACCAAGACGGCCUAUGCUGUGCCGGUCACAGAGGAGCCAGAGACUGUUACAAGCCAAGCUGUGCCGGUCACAGACGAGCCAGAGACUGUCACAAGCCAAGCUGUGACAACAGUCAAACCAGUGACAAGUGAUGAAACCCAAGCAGCUGUAACCACAUUCAAACCAGGGAGUAGUGAAAGCCAGGCUGUGACCACAGUCGAAAGCCAAAGUACACGUACAUCUGUGACCACAGUCGAAAGCCAAACUACAUUUGUGACCACAGUCGAAAGCCAAAGCACAUCUGUGACCACAGUCGAAAGCCAAAGUACAUCUGUGACCACAGUCGAAAGCCAACCUACCACGACAGUCGUACCAGAGACUAGUACAAUUAGUCAAGCUGUGACCACAGUCAAACCAGGGAGUGAUGAAAGCCAAGAUGAAGUUGCAUUGCUAACGGUACAAGUGGAAUCUGAUAACACCAUGACAAUAGUAUGUCGUCCUGGAAAGAUCAUCGACCAGAUAGAGUCAUUGACUGCUAUAACAGUGGAGAGAAUCGUGAGCAACGACACUUCUACAGAGCCCAAGUCAGUGGCUAAAGCCGUAGCAACGAGAAAGUUUGGAAAAGCCACGCUACAGGACGAAACGUUACGACAGAGAGCCCUAGUAACCGGGGGGAUACGUGACAAUGAUAAAGAAAGGUCUUCCAUACAGGUGGCUCUUGGAGAAAUAACAUGCAGAGACUCGGGUAAAUACAUCUGCAAGAUCGACUACUUGUCGACGGCAUUUGGCCCUGAAACUUCCUCCAGGGAUAGCAAGCAUAUUACUGUACACAGACAAACCUUUAUGCAUGUUACACCAAGGAAGGCGGCUAGUGCAUACCACGAAAACGAAACUGUAGAAUUGCGUUGUAUUGGCAAUGUUGAAGAUUCACCACAAGCCGUGCCGUGGUCAUGGCAGUGGGCGUACGCUGACAACUCAAUGACGUGGACACCGUACCCCUACGAGGACCGGAUCCACGAUGGCCCCAUCACUCCAGAAAACUGUACAGGACAGUCGAUUGUCAGACACAUUGCGUCGGUGUAUGAUGGUAACCGGACGAUCCGGUGUCUCGUCAACAACAGUGAACAAUACUCAGACAACUUUACCAUCUACACCGGUAUCACCGGUAUGAGAACAACUGCUACACCGACUGUUCCGGUAACUGUUCUGAAACUAAGACAUCUGCUAGUGUGACAGCUACAGAAG